AUGUCUACUAAACACAUCUGUUAAUGACGUCUCUCAUAAUACUGCGAGUGUUAGAACAGACAGCAUUAUGUUAUUCAACGCUAUAUUUAUCAUCGGGACGUUUAUUUUCAUAAAAGCUGAUGCUGCCAAUUACAUAGGAUGCUACGAAACGACACUAAAUUCAAAAUUAUUAUAUCAACAUGUAAAAAUAGAUGAUAAGUUGACCCCAAAUAGCUGCUUAGAUGUGUGUCGAUUGAAGAAUUGGCCAUAUGCUGGACUGCAAGAGAAUGUAUGUCGAUGCGGUCAGAAUAAACCACCCGAGUUGGUCAAAUUGAGUGAUAAGGAUUGCGAUCAUCCUUGUCCAGGAGAUGGAAAUGCCAAAUGUGGAAGGGUACAAACUGCACGUGGAUCCAUUAAUGCAAGUUCUAUUUAUGAAACUGGCAUAAUCGCUCCUGGCCAGAAUAUCAGCUCAGCGAGCAUUUUUCUAGGAUGCUACAAGAACGCAACCUCAACGCCAAUCAGCCUAUAUGGCCCACAAGAAGAAUUCUCCGAAACUAAUUCACCAAUUCGAUGUCACGAACGUUGUUAUCAGCAAGGAUUCAGAUAUUUUACAUUAUCUGGAGACGAUUGUACCUGCGGCGAUGACUUGCCAUUGGAAGGAUUAGCACCCUCUUAUGGGGAUCAUUGUGGCAAGAAAUGUAAAGGGGAUAAAAAUGAAUACUGCGGAUCGGCGUUCGAACUGAGUUUUUACGCUACAGGAAUUCCAAACAUUCCCGAAUAUGGAAGAUUUGUUGGGUGUUUCAAAAAUACAAAAGUUGAUGAUAUAAAGCCAGAAGUCAAACUGGACCUGCCUCAGUCAAAUUCUAAUCAACGUUGUUUGAAUAUCUGUGAUCAAAAGGGAUUCUCAUAUGCUGCAGUGCAAAGCGGCACAUUAUGCUUAUGUAUGAACCAACCUCCAAAUUCAAUAUUACGGAAGAACGAUUUAGUCUGUGAAAAAGAAGAUUGCUCGGGUGAAAUUACAAAAAAAUGUGGAUCUGAAGACAGUAUGAAAGUAUUCAAAACACGACGCGCAGGAAACGCUCAAGAGAUAAAACAUCGUUACGUGGGUUGCUUCAAAGACCAACACGAUUAUCGAGAUUUACACGAACUCAGAAUAGUCGGAUUCCAUAAGCUUAUGACUAUUGAACUUUGCAUAGAAACCUGCAAACUCAAAGGCUAUGCUUUUUCAAGCUUAGUAAUCGGAUCACAAUGUGUCUGCAGUCAACUAUUCCCAUCAGUAAAUGAAAAAGUGAGCUCAGACGACUGUAGAUAUCCUUGCGAGGGUAAUAAAAAAGAGAAAUGUGGAGGACGUGAUAUAAGAGCGGUGUAUAAUAAUGGUUUACCUUAUCCUCGAAGCUACUCUCAAUACUUUUAUUUGGGCUGUUACGAGGAUAUCGAGGAAGAAAAACUCGUUACGAAUAAAGCGAUGAAAGUACAGCUGAAUAAUUUAUCGCCUACAAUUUGCCAUAGACAUUGCUUAAAAUUAGGAUUCAAGUUUUUUGGAUUGACAUUACAGCCAAAGGUUUGCUUCUGUAGUGAUGAACAACCACCAGAGGAUCUCAGAUAUACAGAUAGUUUCAAAUCGGAGUGCCCAGCAAAAUACAGGUAUGUUAUUUUCAGCACAGGACUAGUCUAUUUGGAUCCAGAUCAGACCUACAAAGGAUGCUUCAGAGUUGACAAAACUAUGCUGAAUAAACAAAUAUUCUACGCUUUGAAAACACUGACUCCGAAAAGAUGCUUAAUGCUGUGUGAUAUGUUGGGCUACCUGUAUUCAGCAGUAAAUCAGGGUUGGGACUGCCAUUGUGGAAACACAUUCUCCGAUGGAAUCCCACAAGCCAAUGAAGAAAAAUGUGAUAUCAGAUGUCCCGGUGAUUCGUUGCAGACUUGUGGUGGUUCUGAGUCUCACAUGAAAGUUUAUCGUACCUCUGUGACGAAUGUUUUUGAAGAACCUAAGAUAGAUGUACCAGCAGAAAAAUUAGGUUUUUCGGAAACCUUUAAUAUUUUAGAUCCGUCAGUUUGGUCUUACACUAUAAAAAUGCCUCAAGACCCGGAUUACGAAUUUGUGACCUACGAUAAAUCGGAUCAAGUGGUUUACUUGAAACAAAAUAAAUUAUUCAUUAAACCGAAGAUACAAUCUGAAAAUUACGUAGGAGGUGCAGUGACAUUAAAAGACUGCACAGGAAAACCAGGAAUCGAAUGCACCAAAAAAGCGGCUAAUUACUACAUCCUCCCACCGGUCCUGUCUGGUCAAAUAAACACCAACAACAGCUUUUCUUUUAAAUAUGGAAAAAUUGAUAUUCGAGCCAAAUUACCCAUCGGUGACUGGAUAGUUCCAGAAAUAUGGCUGAUGCCAAAGAAAAACGAAUACGGCGACUAUUAUCAAUCUGGUCAAAUUCGAAUUGCAAUGAUACGAGGAAAUAAUCAAUUCGAAUGUUCUAAUAACGACUUCGGGCAUAAACGUUUAGAAAUGGGAGUGUAUCUUGGACCUGAAUUCGAUGUGAAAAGCAAAGUAUUUUACAAAAUGGCUCCCGAAAGUUGGACUAAAGAAUACCACAAUUACACCGUUAUCUGGAGUGCAGAUAAGAUUUCCUUCCUAGUGGAUGGUGAGGAAUUGGGCACAAUACAGCCCGGACCUCUUCAAACAAUUCGAGAUAUCGUUGGUUUACCCAAAGAAUCUGAAUACAUUUACAGCGGUUCAUCGAGCAAGUUGGCCCCAUUCGAUAAAGAAUUCUACAUCAGUUUAGGCCUAUCCGUUGGUGGCUUGUCCAAUUUCCCCGAUACUUGUACAUCGAAUCCCAAAAAACCAUGGGCCAAUACUUCGCCUAAGGCCAUGUUGAACUUCUGGCAAGGCAGAAAUCAAUGGAAAAAUACCUGGAAAGAUGAAGACUCUGCUUUAAAAGUUGAAAGUGUCAAUGUGGGUGCACUUUAGAAAGUCAUGGAAAUAUUUAAAGAUGAGUUGAUGCAAAAUUUCAGAUCUGAAUUUAUCAAAUUUUGAAUAAGUAGGUAGAUACACCUGCAGCAUUUUUCAAUUAGCUCCAAAUGUAAAUUUUUUGGUAGAUCUGAUUGGAUCCGAAUCCUCGUCAAAACAAAAUGUUGAAUAAAUAUCUAUUAAUUUUAUAAAUCUAUAUUCCUGUAUGUGAUAUUUUAAUGAAAUAAAAUGAAAUCAGAUCUCAA